AUGGAUAUAACUGUUUUUGACGCAUGUCUUCGGUGCCAGGGUGAGAGCAAGAAGGACUCAUACGGGAAGCAGGAUUGUGUGGUGGUUUGGGGCGAGUGUAACCAUAGCUUCCAUUUCUGCUGCAUGUCUCUGUGGGUAAAACAGAACAAUAGAUGCCCGCUCUGCCAACAAGAAUGGUCCAUACAGCGUAUGGGAAAAUAAAGUACGCUUUGUAUUAAAUCACACGAAAUAAAGAAGCAGAUUUGCAAAAUAAA